GGGGCGGUGUGGGGCGCGGUCCUCAGCGCAAAGAUAUUUCCAUGCACAAGUGAUAGAUGACUCUGCGGCAAAUUAUUGUACACACACCCGAACAAAUCCUACUUUUCAACACCGUAACACGAAACUAUUUUGCCCUACAAGUGUCCUGUUACAGUGAAGUACAUGUACCGACUAUUUAAACCGAAGAACCGUAAUGCUAUGUGACACAUCGCGGACUCUGCUGAAGACGUGCCCCCGCGGUGACGCUGCUCUCGGGUCGCAGCGCGUCAUCUUCGCGGUGCAGCAGAUAAACACUUUGUUUAGCUUUAGCUCCUGCAGCUAGCUUAACAUCUACAUUGUGUCAUCCGAGUUUGUUUUGUCGCAUUUGGCGGACGAAUCAUUUUCCUGUUAAGCUAGUUUAGCUAACAUUCAUAGGUGUAGCUUCUCUUUCCGUUCAGCUGGGCGGAGUUUAAUGUUCUGUGUUGAUGCUAUUACAUAACAUGGUGGUAAGCUGUUGAUGUAGCAUUAGCUUAAAAACAGUCUGUUUUUUAAACAUACUCGUAUCUCCUGUUUGAGACAUCUGUGUGGCAGUAGUUGUGUUUACGAUGGGAGUCAGCAGGAUCUACAUUAGCAUAGGGUAUGCUACAUUUGGCACCCUGGUUGGACUUUCUGCUUUCUUGGUGUGGAAUAUAGCGUACAAGCAGCCGUGGACGGCGGCCAUGGGAGGCCUGUCAGGAGUUUUGGCGUUCUGGUCUCUUGUCACACACGUCAUGUAUCUGCAGGACUUCUGGCGCACUUGGCUCAAAGGCCUCAAGUUCUUCAUCGCUGUUGGCGUGCUCUUCUCAGCGCUGGCAGUGGCCGCCUUCAUCACCUUCCUCACUCUCGCCAUCACGCAGAAGCAAUCUCCCACUGACCCGAGGAGCCUCUACCUCUCCUGCGUGUGGAGCUUCCUCACUCUCAAGUGGUCCUUCCUCUUGGCCCUGUACUCCUACAGAUACCGGCAGGAGUUCGCAGACAUCAGCAUCCUCAGCGACUUCUAGUCUCGAUUGUUCAGACUGCGACGGACUUCGAGGGGUUUGACACUGCCGGCGGCGGCGGCGGCGGCAGCAGCUGGUCUAACAGCUUCUGUAACAAAGAGGAGGAAGAGCCGGCGGAUUAAAGUCCUCUGACUUUGUGGAGUCGCACUUGUUGCACUUGCUUAACAAGCUCUGUGUUUGUAUUGUUUUCCUGCUCCCACACUUUUAGAUAUUAUAUUCCCGUAAGUCUAAACCUCUGAAGAGCUGCUUUGAGUUAAUCGCUUGAGUCCGUGUAUGAAGAGACGUGCUGUGUUUUUAUAGACUGAUUUUAUCUUGGGAUUGUUUAAUAUUAAAACGGCUAAUACGUAGGUGGGAAUCCCACCGCAACAGGCUUUUAAUCCAACGACAAGCUGUUAAAAUGAAACUAACCCCCCUCCACCUGGACAGUGUUUGUUGGAGUGCUUGAAUGUUUCUCCCCAGACGAGCUUUUCGCUGCAGUUUUGAACCAUAUUCUCAUUUUUACUAGUCGGUCUCAUCUUCAUCGUGAAUGACGUUCUUCUAGAUGAAUAUUUGCACUCGUAUUUAAAGCUUUUUAAAGUACAUGUUCUUAGUUCCUCCCUUAAUAAUGUUCGUAAGAAGUGAAGAAAAGACAUUCCUGUGGAAGUCGUGCUUUUCAUCUUCUCCACCGGGGGGCGCCUCGCUCUGUCACGGGAGGAGUCCACUGGAAACUGACAUUCCUCUGAAGAGAAAACACAAAUGAAUUUGAUGAAUAAUUGCACUUUAGUCUUGAUAUUGAUGCCAUUGUUUUACAUGUGGUCAUCUCUCUUUUUAAAUGUUGUGUUAUUUAUAUGUAUCAUUCAUUUACAGUUUGUAUGAUUUGUGUGGAGUUUGGUUCCAGCUGUCCGCCAUGAAACAUGUUCAAAUGUGUUUGUGUUGAUGAGCGUAUGAAUGUUCGGAUGUAAAUAGAAACUGAACCCAUUAAAGUUGCAUUUAUUGUAAA